CCUCCUCAGCCCCUUCCUCCUUCUCCUCCUCCUCGGCGCUGCCCGGCGCCGCUCCGCAAGGCGCGGCCGCCGCUUCCCCGCCCCGGCGCGGGGCCGUCCCCCGUCCCCUCCCUCCCUCCCUCCGCCCCGUCCCCGCCCGCCGCGGCAGCCCCGAGCGGGAGGCGGCGGAGGGAGGCGGGAGCCAUGCGGGAGUACAAGGUGGUGGUGCUGGGCUCGGGCGGCGUGGGCAAGUCCGCCCUUACCGUGCAGUUCGUGACCGGCUCCUUCAUCGAGAAGUAUGACCCCACCAUCGAGGACUUCUACCGCAAGGAGAUCGAGGUGGACUCGUCCCCGUCCGUGCUGGAGAUCCUGGACACGGCGGGCACCGAGCAGUUCGCCUCCAUGCGGGACCUCUACAUCAAGAACGGGCAGGGCUUCAUCCUGGUGUACAGCCUGGUGAACCAGCAGAGCUUCCAGGACAUCAAGCCCAUGCGGGACCAGAUCAUCCGCGUCAAGAGGUACGAGCGGGUGCCCAUGAUCCUGGUGGGCAACAAGGUGGACCUGGAGGGCGAGCGCGAGGUCUCCUUCGGGGAGGGCAAAGCGCUGGCCGAGGAGUGGAGCUGCCCCUUCAUGGAGACCUCGGCCAAAAACAAAGCGUCUGUGGACGAGCUGUUCGCCGAGAUCGUCAGGCAGAUGAACUACGCGGCGCAGCCCAACGGGGACGAGCCGUGCUGCGCCUCCUGCGCCAUCCUCUGAGCGCGGCGGCGGCCCCGCGCCCCGGCGGACGCGCUCGGGGAGGCAGCGGCGGGAGAAAACAUUCGUCGUGUUGGAAAUGUGGCUUUUCUCGGCAUGUGCGUUUCGUCCAGUCUCGGUCAUGGCAUAUUUCCUGUCAGCGUCGGCGGCGGGCGCGGGAGCAGCCGGGUCCCGCCGCCCGGGGAGCGGAGCCGCGCGGGGAACCCGCCCCGGGCCAGCCCCGGGACAGCCCCGGGAUAGCCCCGGGACAGCCCCGGGAUAGCCCCGGGACAGCGGAGCCCGCAGCCGGGACAGCUCCGGGACAGCCCCGGGACAGCGGAGCCCGCAGCCCGGACAGCCCCGGGACAGCCCCCCCACAGCCCCGGGACAGCCCCGGGAUAGCCCCGGGACAGCCCCGGGCCAGCGGGGCCCGCAGCCCGGCCAGCCCCGGGAUAGCCCCGGGACAGCCCCGGGACAGCGGGGCCCGCAGCCCGGCCAGCCCCGGGACAGCCCCGGGACAGCGGGGCCCGCAGCCCGGCCAGCCCCGGGCCAGCCCCGGGCCAGCGGGGCCCCGUCCCGGCGCCGCUCCCCGCCGUCUCUAUGCAAGCGGGAGCGGUGCGGGGCCGUCCCGCCCGGAGAGUUGCACAUGGAGCUGGGACUGUGAGCCGAUCGGUGCUGCCAGGCUCGGGGCGCCGGGCAGCGCCGCCGAUUUCCCUGGAAUAAUGCUCUAUUUUGUUUACCUGCUGUAUCGGAUGGGAGUUUGCAGGAGAGUGGUAGCGUGGUGGUUUUUCUCCUGGUUUUAUUUGUUUGUUUGGUUGGUUUUUUUGUUUGUUUUUUUGUUUUUUAUUUUUUUAAUCAGCUGUGAAAAUGUUACAAAUCUGCACAAUUUUUAGGUGUGCGUGUGUGUGUGAUUUCGUUGUGGUUUUGGUUUUUCCUUUGGCGGGGUGGGGGGGCGGUGGUGCUUUUUUUGCCGCGGGGUUUUGGAUUUGGGUUGGCAAUACCUGAUUUUGAUGACUAGCUCUCUCGAGUGCAAAGACUUCCCAUGAGUGAUGCAGGGCCAUCAGCAGCCCUGUGUCUGUAGAGUGCCUUCAAAACUCAGCUGUUCCAGCCGGUGCCAACCUGUGAAAGCUCCACAGAAUCCCAUUAUCUACUACUCCAAAAACUACUUAACAGUUUCCUUGCAGUAAUCACUCCGAGCAAGCCAGGACAAAAGGGCCUAUUGUUAGUGGAAUUUAUUUCUUAUUUCCAUCUGAGCCUUUUAACUGUUAUUUCCAUGUCUUGCAAGUUUGGGCUUCAUUUACUUCAAAUUUACAAGAAUUUAGCCUUUUGGGAUUUUUGGGUGGGGGGACUUUUUUUUUUUUUUUUUUUUUUUUUUUUUUUUGGUUCUAUUUCCCUUUGAUUUUGUCAUGGGAUGUGCCUCCAGCCAGCAAAGAAGGAAAUCUUAUCGUUGUGAUGUACCAAGAAAAUUCUAACAACUGUCAUUUUAAUUGCAGACAUGCAUUGAAGAGAUGUCUAUCCAUUUGAAGAAUUUUAAUACAAAUGCUGUUUUUUAGAAAACAACUUUGUGCAUUGUUAUGUAUCACAUGAAACACUGACUUUCACAGAGGCUCUUAAUCCAGAUUUAUGUCUCAGUAGCAGUGCAAGGUGGAGGGGUCGCUUUAGCUAAGAACAGUGGUGAAAGAAGGCAAACACAAGAUUGCCGUUUUACCUGAUGUUUAGCCCUUUUUGAUGCAGGUUUUUGCUUGUAUUCAGGUCGUGGCCCAGUGUCUGCCAAGCUGUGGGAAGAAGGCUGUGCUCAGCUUUAGGGAGGCACUGUGGGCUCACUGCAACAGGCCCUGUAAGAUCAGGCCCCUUCUCCCUCCUGGAAGCAGCGUGGUUUACUGGGGUGAAGUCCUAAAGGUCAAUUGUUUUUGAAAUUCGAACUUCUGGUCUCACUGCAUUAUCACUUUAAAAUGAUAAACCAGGCCUUUUUGUUUUCUGGUUUGCAGAGGGGCUGGGCUGGGAGGAGACCUGUGCCUCCCAUCAGCUGGAAGAUCCAAGGAGGGUCUUUACCUGUUCUCUCCCUCUCUUUGCCCCUUCUUUAAAGGUCUGCACACAAAACCUGCAGCUCCCUUUUCCCCCCUGUCCCAAGAAGUCUUGACGUUAUCUUACAUCUCAAAAACAAAGGUUGAGAUGUAAAGGGGUUUUUAAUCAGGCCAACUGAAAAGUCACUGCCAUGAUUCCUCUGUGAUUCUGGUAACUGCCCCUGUUUUAAGCAGGAAAACUUUGUGCCCCAGCCCUGGGAGAGCAGUGUGCAGUGCCAGAUUGAGGCUACGUUUUGAAAUGAAAAUUGCCAUUUGUGCUGUGGUCACAAUUGGAUACUUUUUGCAGUAACAUCAAGUGUCUACUGAACAUCUGUGAAGCGUGUUUCUCCUGCCCAGCCCCGGUGUGUGCUUCCAGCAAGGCCCUGCUUGGUGCAGGAGUGGGGCUGUGCCAGUCUCAGGGACACAGCCCCAGGGAGAAACAGAGGCUGGAGGAGGCAAAACAGUGCUGGGGCCCUGCUGCUGCCCGGGCUCUCCCUGUGACAAACACAGCAACUCACCCCCGUGCUUAAGUGAGGCUUGAAAACCCCAUUGCAGCUCAUCUUCCAGGAAUUCCUAAAAGUUCACUAGAAGCCAGAGGACUCCCAUGCUGGGAAUAACACUGACAGAAGGGGUUUCUUUUGACCCAAGUACUGCAUUGAAAGCUAAGGAAGCCUGACUGCUGCCACAUCUGCAGCUUACAAACUGCAUGUCUGAUGUUAACAAAAAAAUAAAUUUACAUCUCAGUUACUGCCAUGGUUCAAUCUUGCCUUAAAUUCAAUGGGAAUGUACAGUUUUUAGCACCCACCAGGCCUUGACCAGUGCAUUGACAGCAGCUUGAUCUGGUUGAUAAAAGCAGGAAUUUAUUGUGCCCUCCCAGGAGCCAGCAGGUCCCUCACGUUCCCCAGUGCCUCUUUCCCCACUGCCUGAGGAAUAAAGCAAAAGUGGGUGUUUGUAGCACACAAAGUGCAGCUCUGCUGGGCCUGGCAGAGCAGCUGGGGGCAGCCAGCUGAGCUCUGUGCUGUGCUGGGCCUUCCAGUGGUGCAUUCUGGCUUUGGCCAAAAAAGCUGUAUGUGUUAAACGGUGAAGCAUUUAAGCAGCCAUGGCACUGUCUGAUCAGGGUUUUGAAUGUAUUUAGGCAUUCCAUGUUCUCUGUGACUGCUGAGGACAGUACAAAGUGUAGAGCUCAGUAGUCUGAUCUUCCAAAUACUCUGAAGUGUUUUGGUGCUUGUUAAACAUAGGCCUUGUCUAUAAAAAGUCUGAAAAAAUCAUCCUGCUUUAACUUGACUGAGUGAUGAAAGCUAUAUUAGCUUCGACACUUGAGGGAAAUGUUGUAUCAAUCUAAAGGUACUCUUUAUUCCUUUUCCCUGUGGGAAUAUGUUACACCCGUGUCAAUACAGAGGUGGUAUAUCACUCUUUUCACAGUGAGAAUUGCAAAUAUUUACUUGUUUUGGAAGAAAAAUUACAUUCCUGGCCAAAAUACUUCCUGACAUCGCAGAAGUUGUGUAAACAAGGCCUUGGUUUAAGGCUGGUCUUGUGACCACAUAUUUUGCUGUACAUAAUGAUUGUAUUUUUAAAAGUCUGAGCUUGUUCUGUUGCCAGAGUGUGUCUGGCAGCCCGGUGUCCGUGACUGUAACCGUGCCGUGUGCUCAGCGUGGCCCGAAGCUGCUGCUCAGCCACGCUCAGCAGUCCUUGCUCUGAUGGUGCUGCAGCUGAUGUGGAACUCUGUGGCUGUGGGAUCCUGGUGGUUCUGCUUCUCUCAAAAGAAUGUAUGGCAAGUUGUUUGCAAAGGGCAUUUUAAAUAAAGGGCAGCUGGCUCUUUAUGACUUCCUCA